GGAGCCUGGAGCGGAGAAUCAAAGAUCACAUAUCAGUAACGCGUUCGGGUCCGUCCGUUACAGACCAUGUUGGACCUGAGGACCGAUACGUAACGGACUGAAACAGUGAACUGUACAGGACGUGUGUGGGGUAUUUGGAUGGCGGAAAAACAAACCGGAGAAAGCGACGUUAAUAAAUAAUUUUCAGACCAUGAACUAUGUGGGUCAGUUGGCGGGCCAGGUGUUCGUGCAGGUCAAGGAGCUGUACAGGGGGCUCAACCCUGCAACGCUGUCUGGAUGUAUAGACGUCAUUGUGGUCCGACAGCCCGAUGGCUCUCUGCAGUGCUCCCCUUUCCACGUCCGCUUCGGCAAGAUGGGUGUGCUACGGUCCCGUGAGAAACUGGUUGAUAUAGAGAUCAAUGGAGAGCCAGUGAGUUUGCACAUGAAACUGGGAGAAAAUGGAGAGGCUUUCUUUGUCAAAGAGACUGAAAACACACUGGAAGUCGUCCCGUCCUACCUGGCGACAUCACCUAUAAUGUCAAUAGGGGCGGAGUUAAUGGAUUCCCAGCUUGGCCGGGGCAGUUCUCGUCACCACGAUUCCAACCCCUGCAGCUCACUUCCUGUACAAAACCUGGGCCCACAGCAAAGUGAUGGAGGGAUGACCAAGAAGAGGAGGAAGAGGAGGAAGAAGAUGCGACCAGAGGGUGGUGGAGGAGGAGGAGGAAGAAGAGAGGAGAGUGGAGAAGAGUUCUCAGAAGAUGAAGACAUGUUUACCAUUGACCUGAGCUCUGAUGAGGAAAGAGAGGGUGACAACAGCAGACCUGCAUAUGGUGAUCAGUCUACAGUCAAUGCAAAGAGCAGCACCCAUACACACCCCAGCACCGAAUGGACACAAAGUAUGAUCACGGGGACCCUGUCCAUCCCCCCGUCCCAUGGUCUGUCCAUCUCUUGUCCUCAGCAGACCUCUCACUUCUCUUCCGCUAUUAGCAGGUUAGAUGAUUCACUUUCAUCAACCCCAAAAAGUGAUUCAGAGCUAGCCGGCCAGAAAAAAGACAACCCUGAGAUGCUGUGGACGUGGGGGGAGCUGCCACAGGCCGCACAGCCAUCCUUCCUCACUUCCCACCAGAUGCAAGACUCUACCUCAGCUGUGUCCAUUCCUGUGUCUGCCAGCACUCACUUCAGAGCCAUCAAUGACACUGAAGCCCCUUCACUCACUAUCUAUGUCCCCAAGACAGACCAAACCACUGUUCAUGGUGGGAGCAAGGAUGCAGAAGAAAGUAAAAAUGGAGGCAGCAAUCAAAUUACCAUGAAGACUGAGGACGGGCCUGAGGGGGAGCAAGUUGUUCCUUUAGGGAGAGAAGUGGAAAAUGUGGGGGUGACGUGUGCAGAGACGGAGGCUUUAACAUCUUGCUCAGUGCAUCCGAGGAUUCUCCCUGGUCAUCUGGACAAAGGUGGGAAUAGAGGAAGUCCAGUCAGAGGGACCGAUUCACCGUCCAAGAGGAAAGAAAAGAGGAGCCAACACCUGGGCUCUGAUGGUGUUUACUUGGAUGACAUUACAGAGUUAGAGCCUGAAGUAGCUGCACUCUACUUUCCUAAAAGUGAUGGAGGCGGCAGCUCAAUGAAAGGGGACUCGGACAUAAUGAUGAUGAGUGUGAGGAGCGCCAAUCAGUCCCCACAGUCAGUGGGCAGCAGUGGGGUGGACAGUGGAGUUGACAGUUUGCCGGACCAAUUUGGUGACCUGCCUCAUGUUGCCAUCUCUUUAUGUGGAGGGCUCACGGACAACAGGGAGAUCACAAGAGAGCAUUUCCUGGAGAGGGCAGUGUCGUACCAACAGUUCUCUGAAAACCCCUCCAUCAUAGAUGACCCUAACCUGGUAGUCAAGAUAGGAAACAAGUAUUAUAACUGGAACACAGCCGCUCCUGUCAUGUUGGCCAUGCAGGUCUAUCAGAAACCACUCCCGCAGUGUUGGUGUUUGAGUUAUGUGUUUUCUGCUUUUGGACUCUUCUCAUACUGCUUCCCUGGUCUGUUUGGCUCCAGCCCUUCCCAGCCUGCUUCAGUGGAGAACAUUAUGAAGGAAAAGAUGCCAAAGAAAGGAGGACGCUGGUGGUUCUCAUGGAGAAGCAGAAACAGUGAUUCCAAAUCAGACUCGGUGACAGAAGCCGGAGGAGACAGAGGAGAGAGUUCACUCACCAUGUCCUCAGUAAACAGAAUGAAAGAUGAGUCUUCCUCGAGUGAUGAAGACCACAGAUCAUCUAAUCAGGUGUCAGAGUCCUGCCCGUCUGAGCCUCUCGUCUCUUCUGCCAGUGUCUGUUAUAAGAAGACUCUUCGGCUCACCUCAGAGCAGCUGGCCAGCCUGCAGCUGAAGGAGGGUCCUAAUGAUGUGGUGUUUAGUGUGACGACACAGUAUCAAGGCACCUGUCGUUGCCAUGGCACAAUCUAUCUGUGGAACUGGGAUGACAAGAUAGUCAUCUCUGAUAUAGACGGAACCAUUACCAGGUCUGACACCUUGGGUCAUAUCCUUCCCACACUGGGUAAAGACUGGACCCACCAGGGAAUCGCACGUCUCUACCACAAAGUUAGCCAGAAUGGUUAUAAAUUCAUGUACUGCUCAGCGAGAGCCAUUGGGAUGGCUGAUAUGACUCGAGGUUACCUGCACUGGGUCAAUGAGAGGGGAACCAUGCUACCAAUGGGUCCAGUGCUGCUCAGCCCCAGCAGCCUUUUUUCCGCCUUGCACAGAGAGGUGAUCGAGAAGAAACCAGAGAAGUUCAAGAUUGAGUGUCUGUCAGACAUCAAGAACCUUUUCUACCCUAACACUGAACCCUUCUAUGCUGCUUUUGGCAACAGAGCCACAGAUGUGUAUUCCUACAAGGAGGUGGGUGUUCCUCUGAACAGGAUUUUCACUGUUAAUCCCAAGGGGGAGCUGAUACAGGAGCACGCCAAAACCAACAUCUCCUCCUUUGGCCGUUUAUGUGAGGUGGUGGACCAUGUCUUCCCAGUUCUAGACAGAGGCGAUGCUGCAGACUUUCCUUGCUCUCAUAACUUUGACCAAUGCAACUACUGGAGCAAACAACUCCCUGAUGGUACUGGCCAGGAUGAAGAAAAUGCGCAGACCAUGGAGAGAAGUUAAGAGAAAAACAUCAGAAUAAUAUCUGAGGCUGCUGUACACCAGCUUUUGUCUGUAAUUCCGUUACUCAUAAAGCCGUGGUCAGUGGUUUUGUGAGUCAUAUUGAACCUGGCUGCUGGAGGUGAUGGUGCUGCAUUUGGUCAAUUGAUUUUAGGAUCAAAAUGGAUGUAGGGAUUGUGUACAAACAGCCACGAAGCUUCACACAACAUAUUAAUGGAGCGCUGUAGCUCCUCUAAAAAGAUAACAAAGACUACAAACCCACAAAAGAUGAAUGUGUUUCCAAUAUCUCAUGUACUAAAUAACCUCAUGAUCGAUGAACAUCAGGAAGACAAGGAACCCUAGAAGCUCACAUAUAAACCUUAGAGUCUGGAAGCCAUAAUAAAUGUAUAGUGGUAUAAAAUAUAAAGAUAAAAAAAAAUCCUGAACCACUGUAGGGUACCUCAAAAUAGUACAGUCUGGUUUCUUCAACAUAAAAAAUACAGAGAAAAACUAGAUCUGUUGGAGAUUUUUUGCAUGAAAACAUGAGCAGGGCUCAACACAGGGUAAAAUACUCACAUCAUGUACAUCUGCAUUGCACUGAUUCACACUUACAAAACACAUACACCCAAACACACAUAUAAGUCAGUGAUUCAGAGGCAUCCUGUAUAUGGCACAAUGCAGAGUAUAAAUUAUUAGCUCUCUAUGAGACAUUUUCAUUUACUUCUGUCACACAGGCCAUGCUGUAUGCACUAAUAUGGCUUUUACAUUUUUACAUCCUUAUCAUUUAUCACAUUUUUUUAAAUAAUUGGAUUCAAUUUUAAGCACAAAAAUAUGUUAGAUAUAAACUACAAUUUCAAAUUCCUUGAGAGGAUUUAGUUAACAAUAAUACUUAAAUUAAACUUAAAGCAAAAUCUCUUGUAUAUCUACACAACUAUUACAAAGUAUAUGUAUUACAUAUACUAUAAUUUUCAAAGCCCACAUCAGUCUGUUCUUGAAUGUUGUAUUUUCAUUAGUUUUUUUUCCCAAUUUGUUCAUAAAUAACUUGACUUAGAACCUUAAACUUUUCUCAAGUACAUUUUUAUUCAGCACAACACCUACAGUAAAACCAUCCAGAGCAUGCAAAAAUAGCACAGAUUGUUUAUCAACUUAUCAUCUGUGCCAAGCUCCUUUGCAGGUUCAUCUUACUGUUUGCGGUUCUUUGACCUUUUUACUGUGAAAGAUGUGGCUCUGGCACAUUUUGUAAUGACUAUAUUCCAGAAAAAAUGCACACCAAUGCAAAUAACAUCAGUCUGUGUUCAUUCUGUCUGUUUUUAUACAUGCACAUAAAUUAAACAGAUUAACUCCACUGAUAUGCCAGAAUGUAGUCUGUAAAUUACUCACAGUUAUUUUAAUAACUAAUGCCUAUCAAUGCAAUUUUACACUAAAACCCGUACAACAGUCAUAUUUUUUCAGUCUUAUUUGUUGUUUUUAAGUAAUAGUUCUCUGCAUGGAUCAAUAUGCCUUUCUAUCAGGCAGUAUUACUGGAGAACUGAAUGCAGAUGUUCAGGUUAAAGGGUAUUUUUUGUGCUCACUAAUCUAUUUUUUUCUGUUUGUUAUGAAGUGUCUUUUUUCACUGAUUUAUCAAAUAGCAUCUACUGUAGUGUGAUGGAAAUGAAAGCCUGUCUGUUCUUUGUACUAUAUAACUUAAAAAUGGGGCAAACCACUGUAAAUAGUUGAAUUGUUGUAACCAUAUGAAGUGAACUUAUCUUUAAAAAGCUCUGCUAAGCUUUUAUCGUUGAGGCUUUAUUAUUGGCACAUUCAUUCAGAUGCACUUAACAGAUGAAUUAUUACAGUCUCUUUUCAAACCAUCUGCCUCCUGUUACACAAAGAGGUGACACUUCCACAAUGUGGCCAUCACUUCACCCACAAUAGAUCAACAUGCAGUAUUUUAGGAAAGCCAAAUGAUGUAUACAUUAACUUUUUGAUGAAAAUGUAGUCAUAUUCAUGCCUAUUAUUGUAUUCAAUGCCUCUGUUUAUCACAGAAAAGAAAAUAGGUAGUUACAUGUGCAAACUACGGCGUAGUUGAAAAUGGAAAAUACAUGAAAUAAAAUAGGAAGUAGAUGAUAAAUCAAAAAUUCUGAUCUCUUGUGUCAAUUUUAAUAGAGUUUAAAGGAGCUUUGAAUGCUUUAACACUCAAUAGGUAACAGCUACAAGAAGAAAUAAAACAGAGAAAUAAAUCAACAUAAGGUGAUGCUGCUCCUGGUUUUAAAUCAUCUGUAAAUGUAAAAAUGCAACUGAAUGACCUUAACUUGUCACUAUGUUUUGUUGUGCUCUGUACUUCUGCCCAAUGACAAGCAGCAGUAGUAUGGAUCUUUCAAUAGGAGCCACUCUUACACUGAUUUUUGUAAUUUUGUGUUGAUAUGUUUUUAUGAAAUUGAGAGCGGAACCUAAUUCCCACAAUACCGCUAAGAAGCCAUGUGAUCGACUGAGUCUGUUAUACUGUUAUAUCUGUGCAUUGGAUAGUUGUGUCUCAUACUGUGCUGUUGACGUUGCCUAUUAAAAAAAUCAGGAAUUGGCAUCCAUGUAAAACUAAAGCUGUUGAUGUAUACGCAUUUUGGAAUUCUGAUAAAUUUGUUUAGAAAAAAAUAAAUAAAUAAAUAGGACGCAUGCUGAUGCAUAUUUGCAUAGAUGUAAUAAUAAUGAAUGAAAUGAAAAAAAUGUUUAUCACCUGAUCUUUCUAAGGAAAGGAAGAAAACUGCUUUUUAAAAAAAGAGGAAGAAAUUAUGAUUUCACAUCUUAUAAUUAUGCAGUUAAGUUCUCAUAAUUAUCAUAGACAACUGUUACAGCUGGUGUGAAUUUUGCAGCUCUAACAUCACACAUUGUUAAGUUAUGCAGAAGUAAUUAAUAAAUAUUACUUAUUGCCAAUAGAUGUCAACAUAAGAGAGAAACUCUAUUCAGGAUGAUUGCAAUGCAUUUCACUAGUUUUAAGAGUAAAUCGUCUUUUGGAUGAUUAGUGGUUCAUUCUUUCUGUGAAAGAUUUAUAGGUUUGACUAGUUCUCCAGUCUGGCAGUCUGUGUUGACAUGGAUGUUGAUUGAGUUUGCCAUUUGCAGAUGUUAUGUUUUGGUUUCUAGCGGCAGCCAAGCAGUUUGUUAAUGAAAGGUGUUAACAACGUAGUAAAUCUGUACAGUAAACACAUUUUUCAAUAAACAUAAAGGUGAUU